AUGGCGCUGUCUCCGGAGGACGAGGCCGCGUACAACAUGCUGUCCAUGAAGAUGCAGCGUGACGUCAACUGCCUGGCAGACCCGGACCGAAGCGUGCGCCGCCGAGCAGCGGACAAGCUGCACCGCACGCUGCAGAACGAGGCAUCGCGCGUGUCUGCUGUGGUGCUGCGCACUCUGUGCGUCGCCAACCUGCAGCGCCCAUUGUUGCAGUGCGCCGAGAGCGACGCAGUGGAGAAGUGUCGCGAGCGAGCACUGACUUCACUGCUCUUUCUGUGCGAGAACGGGGCUCUGGAGCCGUCGCAGGCUACACUGAAGGAGCUGGUGGCGCUGGCCAACGUUCGUCUGGGCAAGCUGCCGUACCCGGAGCCGACGGAGGAGAUCCGCCUGCUCAUUCUGCAGCUACUGCACGCGUUCUUGAAGCAGCUUGCGGCGGCGAAGGAAGUGGCGACGUCAUUGCGCGACGUCAUUUCGGAGUUGGCCAACGCAUUGGGCAAGACCGCGGUGGACCCGUUUCCUGAUGCCAAGAAGAUGUCGGCGGAGUGCGUCAUCCUGAUCUCCAAGAAUUGGAAGAGCGAUGUUGGGAUGCAGAUCGGCACCAUUGUGCGCCCCAUGGUGGCGAAUCUUGGCCACCAGCACAGCCGUGUGCGCGUGUGUGCGUUGCAAGCACUGGAAGCUGCGGUACCGUGCGGAUCGGAGGCUCUACCGGAGCUUAUAAAGGAGGUGCUGUUGCCGACUGUGAGCAAGGUGGUGUUUGAUCACGCGCCCUCUGUAAGAAAGCAGUUGGUGAUCACACUGGCUGCGUGGCUGGCUCAGAUCGAGCAGGUCCAGCAGUUCGAAGCUUCCAUCUUCCCAAUUUUUCUUGCAGGCAUCGCAGACGAUGCGCCAGAAGUACGAGCAAGCUCACUCACAAAGCUGAAUGAACUUUCGACUAUCUGGGAGGGUCGUGAUGACGAUGGAGGAGUCAAGUCAAGCGAUGUGGAGCUAAUGGAGGUGGAUAUGGACUCAGCAAAGAGCGUACCGCCACUUUUCUUCGAAACUCGUCCUCCGCUAGGCGCUCGUAAACUUGCUGCGAGUAUUCAAGCCCAGGUCCUACCGCCUCUUCUCGAAAAAACGAGCGACUGGACCGUGCAUGUGCGUGAGCGCUACACGCAAGUUCUCAGUGCGUACCUGAUUUUGCUGGAGCAAAACAUGAACCCAUUGCUCGACAAGGUUUUUGCGGCGCUAGGCAAGACCUGCCGCGAUGAUGAAGAGGCCGUUUUGAACAGUGUGAAGGCGUGCUCCGGUGUUGUCGGCUUCUACGCUGACACUCAAAUGAUUUUGGCUUCUUUGCUGCCGAUGGUGGCGGGUCGCCUAGCAGGACAGGAUACCGCACAACAUCGUACUAACGGCUUGAUCCUACUGGGUAUGAGCAUCGAGGGCAUGACAACAAAUACUAUUGGAGCCCACCUGGAGCUUAUUACCGAGGCACUGUGUGAUGCUGGUCUUCGUGAAUCCGAAGUAGCAGACCUUCAAGAUCAACUGGCUGGCGUCGUCUCAAGUAUUGUGAAGACGGCCGGACCACUGCUUGCCCAAAAAGACGAGGUCUGCUUCCGACUGUUUUGGGUACUGAGCCACCUCCUCGCCUCGACUUCAGAAUCGUCGGUUGCCUAUGAAACAGCAACCGAAGCGAUGGAAGAGCUAGCAGUGAAAAUGGAGAAACCUGUUGAGGCGCUUUACGGGUGCUACAUGGGUAAACUCUUACAUACGAUGGCGCUUCCGGCUGAUUCAACUGCGAGUUGGCAGAAAAGCAAUCCAAGCCGUGUAUUGUUCGACUCAAUCUGUCGGCGUGGGGGAGCGGCAUGCGGCGAGAAUCUGGAGAAAAUUGUGCCCGUCUUUCUGCUGCACCUAGACCCGGCCCAGGAUGCAGAUGUUCGCCUCGCUUUCCUUGCCUUGUUGGAGACAAUGCUAGGGACGGAUGCUAUUAGUCAGUCCUUCAAGGCAUUUAGCGUCUCGUUGCUCCAAAAAGCUAUCAUUCCAAACAUCGUUUGGCGUGGAGGACGUGUGGCUGCAACCAUUAGAAAAGUAGCUGUUGCAUGUGCGUACACGCUGCUUCGCCAGGGUAUUGCGGACCAACCGUGCUUGUUCGAGACUGCACCCCAGAUGCUGCCUGUACUGAAAUCGUCAAUGGACGACAGUGACGCAAAGACUCGCCAACUGGUUUGCCUUGCGUUCCAGUAUCUUUUUGUUGCACUACCUGGGUGCUUGGGAGAGGAGCCAGUACAUCAACUCUAUGCAGAGAUUUUGAAGCGCCUCGAUGAUAGCAACGACACUGUGCGCAAAGCGGCUUGCCAGACAUUUGCCACCUUCCUUCAAGCUGCACCAAAGGAGCACUUUCAAGGGACGAUCAUCGACUAUGCUCUGGACUGCCUUUUUGUUCACCUCGAUGAUUCGGAGCCCGAUAUCCAGGAUGCUGUCUUCGAUGUUUUGAAGGAAACGGUUGCCAUUGACGCACCCCGACUGGCGAAGAAAGCUGAAGAGAACCGGAAUCGCCAUCAAAGUCCUCGCUACUGUGACCAGCUUCAGGAGUUAGCGACUGCAAAAUCAUCAUCAUGA